AUGAACCACAGUAACAACCUUUCAAAGCAUUCACGAGGCAGUCUACAGUCAUUCGAGACGCCCAAAUCGCCUUCAAGAUCAACGCGAAGUGUCGAUCCAUUGAGACCAAACGACCCCUUACUAUCGUCAUCUCCAUCGAGGCGAAGAAACCAAAAUACAAUUUUCAGUGAUCGAUAUAUACCGAAUCGUACGGGCGUUGACUUGCAAGCUGCUUUUAGUUUGACAAAUGAAGACGUUCUACCGGAUGUACGAAGUAAUAGAAACGCUGACAAUGAAAUUGAAAUCAGAAAGGAGGAGGAAGCGAAUAGAACUUUCACAACUGUAUUGAAGGCAGAACUAUUUGGAGAUAAUGUGCCCAUGGCAACUGCUGAUUUAACAAGCAAUGUAACAUCAAGUAAUGGAAAUAAUAAUAGAGCCAAAUCAUCUAGCCAGAGACCUAAUAGUAUGGGUGCAGGCUCGAACAUGUCAACUACUGGAACGCCUCCAAGGUCAUCUGGCUCAUUACCCCAUCUCCCGAUAUCGGCCACGUCGUCAACCAGUCAGCUAGGCAAUACCAGUUCAAUAUCCACAUAUGAUUCAGACGACGUAUUGUCAACGCCCCGCAGGAAAGCAAACUUGUUUACUUAUCAAUCACCAAAGAAAUCAAGACCCGUGUCGAGAGAUUUACAACAGGAACUUUACUCGCUAUCACCGGUUCGCCAAGAAUCACAAAAGUUUUUAUUGUCACCGCAAAAGAAGGCCCGCUCUAUUGCUAAAGUGCCAUAUCGAGUGCUAGAUGCACCUGAGCUCUCCGAUGACUUUUACUUAAACUUGGUUGAUUGGGGGCAACAAGAUGUCUUGGCUGUCGGAUUAGGUGACAGUGUUUAUUUAUGGGAUGGAUCAACGCAGUCAGUCGACCGAUUGUGUAAUCUAUCAAAUAAGGACAAGGUGACAAGUCUAAACUGGAUUGGUACUGGUACCCAUCUAGCAAUUGGAACUUCAAAAGGUUUAGUUGAAAUCUGGGAUGCAACUAAAAUCAAAUGCAUUAGGACAAUGACUGGUCAUUCGUUACGAGUUAGCUCCUUAGCAUGGAAUGAACAUAUUUUGUCGAGUGGGUCUCGAGAUCGAACAAUUUUAAAUCGUGAUGUCAGAAUCGAAGACCAUUAUGUCAACAAGUUUGAGAGCCACAAACAAGAAAUAUGUGGUCUUAAAUGGAAUGUCGAUGAGAACAAGUUAGCAAGUGGUGGGAAUGAUAACAAUUUGUUUAUUUGGGAUGGCUUAAAUACCAAGCCCUUGUAUCAAUUUACCGAUCAUACUGCUGCAGUAAAAGCUAUUGCUUGGUCACCGCAUCAACGAGGCAUUUUGGCGUCUGGUGGUGGAACUGCAGAUAAAACCAUCAAGACAUGGAAUACAUUGACUGGAAACAUGAUUCAUGAUGUUGAUACAGGGUCGCAAGUUUGUAACUUGAUCUGGUCAAAGAAUUCUAACGAGAUUGUGUCAACCCAUGGAUACUCAAGAAACCAAAUCAUUGUUUGGAAGUAUCCCUCAAUGCAACAAAUUGCCCAGUUAACGGGACAUACCUAUCGUGUCUUGUAUUUAUCGCUUUCGCCAGAUGGUGAAACAAUUGUUACUGGUGCUGGAGACGAAACAUUGCGCUUCUGGAAUGUCUUUGAAAAGAAUAAAAACAAUGACUCUCCUUCAUCUGUAUUAUUGGGAGCUUUUCUGCAAAUUCGUUAA